AGCAGACAAUUCGUCGUCGUUCUAUACCAUUUUCCUAGUAUUUCAAGGAGCUUACAAACUUUAACACGCUAAAGUUUUUAAAUUCUUUUUCAACCCCCCUCUCUCUCUCUCUCUCUCUCUCUCUCUCUACAUUUUCCAACUUUUUUCUGUUGAUACCCAAAUAUUCACACGGAUCAUCCCAAUUUCUAUCUCAUCUUUUCUCCCGCCAUAAUUGUUUGCUGAUCUGAUGGCUGGUCGUUAUGAUCCUAACCCUUUUGACGAGGGUGACGAUGUUAAUCCCUUUGCUGAUCAAGGAAAAGGCACUGGCAAAUCAAAUUACACCGGCGGUUCUUUCUACACGUCGAGUGUUCCUUCUGCUCCAAACUCUCGGCUUUCACCUCUUCCUCAUGAACCAGCAGAUUUCUAUAAUGGCUCGGUUGACAUUCCGCUUGAUUCUGCUUCUGAUUUAAAGAAGAGAGAAAGAGAGCUGCAAGCCAGGGAAGCUGACCUGAAAAAAAGGGAAGAGAUUGUAAGACGGAAAGAGGAGGCGGCUGCUCGAGCUGGUAUUGUUCUUGAGGAGAAAAAUUGGCCACCGUUUUUCCCAAUUAUUCAUCACGAUGUUGCGAAUGAGAUCCCUGUUCACCUACAAAGAUUGCAGUAUGUUGCAUUCACGACAUACUUGGGGUUGGUAUUUUGUCUUUUUUGGAACAUUAUAGCUACGACAGCAGCAUGGAUUUCUGGAGAAGACCCGAAGAUCUGGUUUCUUGCAAUUAUCUACUUCAUAUUAGGUGUUCCACUUGCCUAUGUUUUGUGGUACCGAACACUAUAUCGCAAUUUUAGGAAUGAAAGUGCAUUUAGGUUUGGUUGGUUCUUCCUGUUUUACAUGUUGCACAUAGGCUUUGUGAUCUUUGCUGCAGUCGCUCCUCCCGUUGUCUUCAAAGGAAAAUCUCUCGCAGGUAUUCUACCAGCCGUUGAUCUUAUAGGCGAUGAAGCUAUAGUUGGGAUCUUCUACUUUAUUGGGUUCGGGCUAUUCUGUUGUGAGGCGCUACUAAGCGUGUGGGUUAUUCAGCAAGUAUACAUGUAUUUCCGAGGGAGCGGCCAAGCGGCAGAGAUGAGGCGUUCGGGUGGUCGAUAGGUCAUGCGAUACGAGUGUGUGCAUACACGAGUCGUUUUCUUAUGGUGAUUUUGUUUGCUACUAUUAAGGUUGGAUUUACAUACUGAGUUGUUUUGGUUUGGUAAAGAUAUGGUAGUUUUUUGCCUUUGUAAAUCUGUUAUAUUGUUUGUUCAAUACAGGAGUUAAUAUUUUUCUUUCUUAUCAUUUAUAAAGAUACUUAUUAUUUGAGGUA